AUGUCCGGUUUAUUCCAACUCGGUCAGGUGUUGCGGGGCAGUGCUGGUCAAUGUGUGAUCACAAAGCAGCUGCAAAAUAUAGUGUGCCUUGCAACGAACCACGCGCAGGAACUCGUGGUGAUCAAGAGCGUCAAAGGUCACUUCAGAGUGACCAACGAGCGGGAUGUUCUCCGUCGCUUCAACGGCCAAUCCCCUUACAUCCGGCCGUUGCUGGACGAGAUCGUUGAGCUGCCCGAACCAACGACAAUUGUUUUGCGACAUUUGGAAAGCCACCUCUGGCAAGCAUCUGGCGAAAAGACUCUGAACCGAAAGGAAUUGAAGUACGUGUCGAGGAGGGUGUUGGAGGCCUUGCAGGUUAUGCAUAACGACGGGUUUGUCCAUGCAGAUGUCAAGCCAGACAAUGUCCUGGUCAACUACCGCUCUGAUGACAGCGAAAACCGCUUCACGGACGUCCAGUUGGCAGACAUGGGCAGCUCGUACCCAGAGGACCACAAAUACGCGCGAGAAGGUGCUCCCAUUGGGGCAGCUAUCUGCCUGAUUUACGGCGAUUAUUUCAACAUCUUCGACCCCCCAGGUGUUCCUUUCAAGUUUGACGAUCCCGAAUACGAAUUCGAGGUUCUAAAGCGGCAAGUUCAGUUCUUUGGGCCUUUCCCGGUCAAGUAUGCCGAAAUCGCGGAUCAAGACACAAUCGAAGUGGUGAUGUGGUUGAUGGAGAAUCUCGUGAAUAGCAGGAAACCGUUCCACCUGCUUUCUGAGAGGGAGAUCUGCAAAAACGACAAAGACUUCAUCGGCUGGUUCAUGAAGUUGGACCCCCGGGACAGACCGAGUGCUGACGAGAUUCUUGCGCAUGACUGGUGGCGGGAGCCGGAUGAUAGUUGA